UUCUUUUUAGGUAUUUUGACGAUCCUCAACAUAGACAAAAAACAGUUGAAAUGUCUGAGCAAGAAACUCUAAGUUGUGUGUACAUAAAAAAUGGCCAAGUUGUCAACCACGAUCAAAGCUUCAAAGCCGAUGUCUACAUAGAAAAUGGAAUCAUCCAGUUCGUUGGCCCUGCUUCUGAAAUUAGUGUACCUCCUACCGUUAAAACAAUUGACGCUUCCGGCAAGCUUAUUAUUCCAGGGGGUAUUGAUCCACAUACCCACUUCCAAUUGAAAUUGUGCGGAACUGUUACUGCUGACGAUUUCUAUCAUGGAACAAGAGCGGCUAUUGCUGGUGGUACAACGACUAUUAUUGAUUUCGUUUUGCCCGACAAAGGGGAGUCUCUCAUCGAGGCUUACAAAAAGUGGCGAAGCUGGGCUGAUCCUAAGGUCUGCUGUGAUUAUGGUCUUCAUGUUGGCAUUUCAUGGUGGUCCGAAUCUGUUUCAAACGAAAUGAAAACUAUCUGCGAUGAGUUAGGAGUUAAUUCAUUCAAAAUGUAUAUGGCUUACAAAGGAUUAUAUCAAUUAGAUGAUACAGAACUAUUUGAAGCAUUCGAAAGAAUCCGUUCAUUAGGUGCUCUAGCUCAGGUUCACGCGGAAAAUGGUGAUAUCAUUGAAAAAAAUAUAGCGAAACUUUUAAAAGCCGGCAUAACAGGUCCCGAGGGACAUGAACUUUCCCGUCAAGAGGAAGUUGAAUCUGAAGCAGUCAAUCGGGCCUGUAUAAUAGCACAUCAGGCCGAUUGUCCAUUAUACGUCGUACAUUUGAUGAGUAAAUCUGCUGGUGAUGAACUAGCCCGUGCCAGAAAACGGUAUAAGAAUCGUGGGAUCUUUGGAGAAACAUUGGCAGCAGCACUAGGCACUGAUGGUACCCGUUCUCUUAAUAAAUGUUGGCACCAUGCAGCAGCUCAUGUUUUAAGUCCGCCAUUACGUCCAGAUCCCACAACUCCAGAAUAUAUGAUGAAGUUAUUGGCAAAUGAUGACCUACAAACAACUGGCAGCGAUAAUUGUACUUUCAACAGGAACCAGAAAGAGAUCGGCUUAGAUGACUUUUCGAAAAUUCCCAACGGUAUCAAUGGUGUUGAAGAUCGCAUGUCUAUAGUGUGGGAGAAAGGGGUUCAUGCUGGUCUUUUGGAUCCUUGUCGUUUUGUGGCCGUAACCAGUACCAAUGCAGCUAAAAUCUUUAAUAUGUUUCCUAAGAAAGGUCGCAUUGCUGUUGGGUCGGACGCCGAUGUAGUCAUAUGGAAUCCAAAUUUGACGCGUAAAAUCUCCAAGGACACACAUCACCAUGCAUGUGACUUUAAUAUUUUCGAAGGCUUAGUUUGCCAUGGAGUUCCAGAAGUUGUCAUCGUUCGAGGGCGUGUAUGUGUUGAAAAUAAAGAGGUUGCUGUUGUUAAGGGAUAUGGACAGUUUAUUCCCUGUGAAAUACGUUCUCCUUUUGUGUAUGAUGCAUUUGAAGAAAAUGCCAAAAGUGACAAAUGAAUUGCUUUAUUAAUUAUUAUAUUUUUUUACUGACAAUAAAAGUUCAUAAUUUCAAGAAAAACACAUUUCUUUCAAUAAACGUUUUUAUAGUUUUUA